AUGUCUGAAAAUGUCAGUCUUUUGGAUGGAUCACCACUUCCAUCCACUCCAAAAAAUUCAUCUGGAAAUUUGAAUUUGGCGCCAAAUUCAAAAUCUGAAAAUUUGCUGGUGGACUUUUCGGGUCCAGCAGCUGGAGUUGAGAAGACAGUGAUGGUGGAAAUUAAAGGAAUGACAUGUCACUCAUGUGUGAACAAUAUUCAAGAUGUGAUUGGUGGAAAGGCGGGAAUUCGAAAAAUCCAAGUAAACUUGAAAGAGGAAAAUGGACAAAUCGUCUAUGACUCGACGAUUUGGACGCCAGAAGCAGUGGCUGAGGCGAUUGAUGAUAUGGGUUUUGAGUGUAAAAUUUUAAGAGACGCACCAGACGCUACAAAAAUGCCGGAAAACCGGAAAUUCCGUCGAGCGGUCGUCUCCAUCGACGGAAUGACGUGUCAUGCAUGUGUCAACAAUAUUCAGGAUACUGUAGGUCCGAAGGCGGGAAUUCAAAAAAUCGUUGUUAGUUUGGAACAGAUGCAGGGAACCAUCGAUUACGACCCGGAAACGUGGAUAGGAGAUACAGUAGCCGAGGCAAUUGACGACAUGGGUUUUGAGUGCAAAUUGAUCACGGAUUCAGAAAUCCCAGAAAUUGGCGCCAAAAAUGAAAUUCCCAGAGUCAAAUCGCCGAAAAAACCUCCAAAACCUGAAUUAGAUGGUGGAAGAGUGGAGCUACAACUCAACGGAGUCAAAUAUUCAAAAGCGAACACCUCGGAGCACCUGGAAAAGUGCACAUUUGGUGUCGAGGGCAUGACUUGUGCCUCCUGUGUACAGUAUAUCGAAAGGAAUGUGGCAAAAGUGGAAGGUGUCCACUCAAUUGUUGUUGCCUUGAUUGCCGCAAAAGCCGAAGUGAUCUACGAUAAUCGAUUGACGUCGGCGGAUGCCAUUGGAGAGCAUAUGACAGAAGAGUUGGGAUAUAAAGCGACACUGCUCGACUCGAUGGGCUCCAAUUCGAAUUAUAAUAAAAUUCAGUUGAUUAUCGGCAACCUGUCCACAGAAUCCGACGCGACACGAAUCGAAUCUCAUGUCCUCUCCAAAACCGGAAUCGAUUCUUGUAAUGUAUCGAUUGCCACCUCGAUGGCUCUAGUCGAGUUCUCACCCCAAAUCAUUGGACCAAGAGAUAUUAUCAAUGUAAUCGAAUCGCUAGGAUUCACAGCGGAUUUAGCCACACGAGACAAUCAAAUGAAACGGUUGGACCAUUCGGAAGAUGUUGAAAAAUGGCGAAACACAUUCUUGAUCUCAUUGGUUUGCGGGGUACCUGUCAUGAUUAUUAUGAUCAUUUUCCAUUGGAUCCUACACACUCCCAUGCAUCCCGAGAAACAGACACCCAUCUUUACCCCAGCUCUCUCGUUGGAUAACUUUUUAUUGCUCAUUCUAUGUACGCCCGUGCAGAUUUUCGGUGGUCGCUACUUCUACUCGGCCUCCUGGAAAGCGAUAAAACACGGAAAUGCGAAUAUGGAUGUGCUCAUUGUCUUGGCCACGACCAUCGCCUACACCUAUUCGAUUGUUGUCCUUUUUCUGGCGAUUGUAUUCAAAUGGCCGAGUUCGCCGAUGACUUUUUUCGAUGUACCGCCCAUGUUGAUUGUUUUCAUCGCGUUGGGAAGAAUGUUGGAGCAUAAGGCAAAGGGAAAAACCUCCGAAGCGCUAUCAAAGCUAAUGUCGCUCCAAGCUAAGGAAGCCACCCUGGUCACGAUGGAUUCAGAAGGACGAUUGACUUCGGAAAAAGGUAUUAAUAUCGAAUUGGUGCAGAGGGAUGAUCUGAUCAAGGUAGUUCCUGGCGCCAAAGUACCUGUUGACGGAGUGGUGAUCGAUGGAAAAAGUUCGGCUGAUGAGAGCUUCAUCACUGGAGAAUCAAUGCCGGUGGUUAAGAAACCAGGUAGUACUGUAAUUGGAGGAUCCGUAAACCAAAAAGGCGUCCUGAUUGUGAAGGCAACACAUGUUGGAAAUGAUUCGACGCUAUCCCAAAUCGUCCGACUAGUGGAAGAAGCGCAAACGAAUCGAGCGCCGAUUCAACAGUUGGCUGAUAGGAUAGCUGGAUAUUUUGUCCCGUGUGUCAUUGGAUUAUCAUUGCUCACACUUGGCGUCUGGAUUGCGAUUGAGUAUAAUUUGGAGAGAAAUCAACAUUUGCCACCCGGUUUGCGAUUCGAGGAAGCUCUGAAAAUCGCGUUUGAAGCGGCCAUCACAGUUCUAGCGAUCGCUUGUCCUUGCAGUUUGGGAUUGGCCACGCCCACUGCGGUUAUGGUGGGGACAGGAGUUGGAGCGGCGAAUGGGAUUCUUAUCAAGGGUGGAGAACCAUUGGAGAGUGUUCAUAAGGUCACCACUAUCGUAUUCGACAAGACGGGCACCAUCACCGAGGGACGUCCACGUGUAAUACAAAUUGCCUCAUUUGUGAAUCCUCAGUCGCUAUCACUGAAACUGAUAACAUUCUUAUCAGGAGCCACUGAAGCGUUAUCCGAGCACCCGAUUGGAAAUGCGAUUGCGGCGUUUGCCAAACAGCUCCUCAACGAGCCCACCUGGCCGAACACUUCUCGAUUCCACGUCUCGGCCGGCCAUGGAGUAACAUGUCGAAUCGAUUCGAUUCGUCAAUCAUUCGCAUCGCUAGCUUUAUCUGGAACGACGUCUUCUGAAUUCCCACGUCUUCUGGAUGGACAGACGAUGACGAUUCCAGGAACAGAAGUCACAUUACUGCAGGUUUCUAGCAAGGAUGUAACCCAACCGAAUCCCGACACCGCCGCCAUCGUAAUUGGAACGGAACGAAUGAUGGAGAGACAUGGGAUUCCAGUCACGGAUACUGUCAAAAUGACACUUUCCGAUGAGCAACGAAAAGGACACAUCUCGGUGAUUUGUGCAAUUAAUGCGGAAGUAGUCGCUGUGAUUUCAAUUGCGGACCAAGUGAAAAAAGAGGCUUCUCUGGCAAUUUAUACGCUACGUGAGAUGGGUUUGGGAGUGGUUCUGCUAACUGGAGAUAACUCGAAAACCGCAGAAUCCACUGCCAAACAAGUGGGAAUUGAUGAGGUUUAUGCGGAGGUAAGGAGCAAUAUUUCUGAACCAAAUACAGUGGAUAUGAUAGAAGAACUCAAGAGCUACAAAAUGAGCCUAUUUGGGAUGAUGGAGCUUGUUCUUCCAAAUCAAAAACAGCAAAAAAUCAAGCAGCUAAAAGGGUACGGUAGUAAAGUGGCAAUGGUUGGAGACGGAGUAAAUGAUUCGCCAGCUUUAGCUGAAGCAGAUGUUGGGAUUGCGAUUGCGGCUGGAAGUGACGUGGCAAUCGAAUCGGCUGGCAUCGUUCUGGUCCGCAAUGACUUGGUUGAUGUCGUUGGAGCGAUUAAGCUAUCGAAAAUGACCACGAGACGGAUUCGACUCAACUUCCUGUUCGCUAUUAUCUAUAACGCUAUCGGGAUUCCCAUUGCUGCAGGUGUAUUCCGCCCGUUCGGUUUCAUGCUCCAACCGUGGAUGGCCGCAGCCGCAAUGGCUCUGUCUAGUGUGUCUGUCGUCUCCUCGUCUCUCCUACUUAAAAAUUUCCGAAAACCAACGCUAGCCAAUUUGUACACCCCAUCAUUCAAACGACACCAGAAAUUCCUGGAAUCUGGAAGUUUCCAAGUUCAAGUGCACCGUGGAUUAGACGAUUCUGGAGUCUUCCGAGGCAACGCGUCGUCCAAAUUGUCCGUGUGGAGUUCAAAAGUGGGCUCGUUGCUUGGAUCGACGACCAGUAUUGUGAGCAGUUCCAGCAAGAAGCAUCAACGAUUGCUCUCGGAUCCGGGGUCCGAUUUUGAGGAUUUGAUUGUUUAG